AUGUUGGCCUGGUGGUGUGAUACUCCAGUUUGUCCUGCAGGGCAUGAACACAGCUCUAAGGUGAAGGUGGUCUCUGCCCAGCACUCGCUGACGUUUGACUUCACCAUGUCCUCUGGAAUCAAAAAUAUCCCAGAUUUUAUGGUUGUUGGGUUCGUUGAUGAAGUUCCAAUAGGUUACUUUGACAGCAUUGGGAGGAAAGUAGAAGCUAAACUGGACUGGGCACAAAAACUGAUAGAUGAUCAUCCAGACCACUUCAUAUGGUACAAUGAUAUGUGUCUGUUAAUCCUACGUACCUACAAAAAAUUGUUGAAAGUUGACAGUUUUAAAACUGGAGGUGUCUACGUCUUCCAGAGGAUGCAGGGCUGUGAAUGGGACGAUGAGACUGGAGAGGUUAAUGGAUUUGCUCAGUUUGGUCUUGAUGGAGAAGACUUCUUAGCAUUUGACCCAAAGACAUUGACAUGGAUCGCAAAAAAACCAGAAGCUGACAAAAUCAAACACAACUGGGACAGUCGUAGACGUAUAAAUGAAGAUUGGAAGAAUGUACUUACCCAGCUUUUCCCUGAGUUUUUGAAGAGAUAUUUGGACCUUGGGAAGAGCCAUCUGCUGAGAACAGACCUUCCCUCAGUGUCUCUCCUCCAGAAGACUCCCUCCUCUCCAGUCAGCUGCUUCGCUACAGGUUUCUACCCUAACAGAGCCGACAUAUUCUGGAGGAAAGAUGGAGAGGAGCUUCAUGAGGAUGUGGAGCUUGGAGAGAUCCUCCCCAACCAUGAUGGAUCCUUCCAGAUAAAUGUUGACCUGAACCUUUCAUCAGUCACAUCUGAAGACUGGAGGAGGUAUGAAUGUGUGUUUCAUCUCUCUGGUGUGAAGGACGACAUCAUCACCAAACUGGACAAAGCUGUGAUCAAGACCAACCGUGACUCCUCUACUGGUCCUGUUAUUGGAGGUGUUGUAGGACUGCUGCUGCUCCUGGCAGUCUGCAUCACUGGAGUCUUCAUCUGGAGAAGGAGAAAAAAUGGUGAGAGACAACAAUGCACUUGA